UAAAGGAUUAAACUGCUCCCGGCAGUGGCUCAAUUUUUGGGCCCCUGGAUAAAUAAUAAUUUCCGUCGGGGUUGUUUUUCCUGAAUAACUCUUUCACGCUGCCCAGUGUUGCUUAAAAUUUAACUUUCCGACAUUUGUCAUGUUUUGUUUGUCUGGUGUUUUGGUUUCCCUGUUGGCGCAUUUAUUCCCCAGAAAGCCAAAGGAUGUGGUACGUGCGGAGAGCAAUGGGCAGGAAGAGCAAGAAAGCAACGGGCAAAACAAGACAUCGGUAACUGGGUACACAAGGAAAAAGUUUAAAAACAAUUUAAGUAAAAUGUUGAAUGCAAUACGCUGCUAUAAAAAAUCUGUGUCAUUCUGAAUGAUUUCAUUCAUCCUUCGGAUUAAAUGUAUAUUGUCGAACACUU